CGGCUGAAUAGUACAAGUGACAAAUUUCAUAUUGAGAUCCUGGAAGUGAGGAGAGAUUGCUUCCCUUUUCAGAUCGUCUGCAUUUCCAUGUCGGACUGGCCACGUAAUGUUUCUGUGUCUGGACUGCGGUGGAACAUGAAUAGAAAAUAACAACACAAUAUUGAGAUAGUAUAACAUAGACUACAGGCUAGCAUGCGUUGUUAGUACAUUGAAAGUUAAAAGCCAAAGAUACAACCUAGGAUCUUUAUAGUUGUACAGAUUUAGCCGUUCAAUUGGUUCAAAGCUGAGGAUACGUUUGGGUUUCGAAGGCAUUCUGGGAAGGAUAUAUUGGACACAAAUUCUGGUUUGUCUUCUUGACAUCGUGAAUUAAAUUCUAUGGCCCGGUGUUCCCGCAAAUAGACAAAGUGGCCAGGUAUUUUGUCAAUCUUUAACCUUGAUCAAAUAUUUCUAUCAAGUCACAGCCUAAUAACCCGUGAUUAAAAAACAAAACAAGGAAAGGAAACCUGUCAAUUCAUUUCGAUUGUAGUAAAACAAAUCUGCUGAUUCAAGUCAAUUUAUUGGAUAAAAGGAGACAGUAUAAUCAGGGGAAGAAGCCAUGGCCGGUGGUGAUAGUUAUAAGGAGUUUGAUACAGCUUCAGUAAUUCCAUCAGAGGAUUCUGUAGUGCUUCUUGGCAAAUACAAAUUCAGGAAAAGAGACUUGCUGUUUGGCGGUAUUACUGCUUUGGCUCUUCUCACGUGCUUGAUCCUGGCCAUCGCUCUUGGCGUGGUUGCUAACCAGAGGCAUGAUGGCGCGGCGUCCGUGGCAGCUAGCAACGCACUCACUGGUGACAACUGCUCAGAGACAGCUGGGACAUCGAGCCCCCAGGUUACACCAGCUCCUAGUACAGACAAAAGGACGCAGACGACCACUUCCAAACAGGAGCAGCCGACAACUGGCAGGCCUGCACAGCCGUGCACAACUUUGCCGCCCAAACCUGUCCAGCCGUGUACAAGUACGUUACCAGCAGAAUUCUGCGAGACCGCCCCAUGCCUCCAGGCCUCCACCUACGCCCUGACCAACAUGAACGAAUCUGUUGACCCCUGUGAGGAUUUUUACUCCUUCGCCUGCGGCAAGUUCCAUGAAGCCUCUCCACCAGUCAUGUAUACGAGUGAUAUUACUCCCAAGAACAUCAUCCAUGACCAGAACGCCAUUCGGCUUCUGAGGUCACUGUUGGAGUCCGUUGAAGAAGGCCACGAGCUCUCCUAUGAGCGGAAACUGAAACAGUUCCUACAGUCCUGCACGGAUCAUUUUAACAAGUUGGGAAGGCGGGGCUUGCCCUUCGUUGAGAGCAUUGUGAAACCUCUGGGAGGAUGGUACCUACUGGACACCUGGUCUGUCAGUGACUUCAACCUCCAGACCAUACUGACCAAGGCCAACAUCGACUUCAUGGCCAACAUCUUCUUUAGAGUCAGUGUGACCUACACGAGCCACAACUGGAAUCAGCCCAUUAUAGAGUUGCAUGAGUCAUCGUCUAGAUACACCUGGCUUUACUAUCUUGGAAAGCUGAAUGAAUACAUAGGAGGUCUGUGCAGCCUUAUCCAGAGGGACUCCAAUCCCCCGGUCAACAAUACCAUAAGGUUGAAUCAGGUUAUCGAUGACGUCGUAGAGGUUGGACUCAGGCUGGACAUGAUCGCAACUUAUAUUCCGGAGAGUGAAGCCCAUCUCCCUGAGAAACUAUACACUCUGUCUCAGCUAAACAACAAUGUCAGCAAUAAGUUUGACUUCGUAGAUUUCAUGAACAAACUAUUGAACGACUCUGGCCGUACUUUCACAGCAGAUACAAAGAUCGCUGUCAUACACCCUGCCUACUUUUCCGAGCUGGGAUCUUUCCUGUCUGAUUUUUUGUCAAAUGAACAAAAUAAAAGAAAGCUCCACAACUAUAUCCUGUUCACCAUCUUGGAAGUUUACCACAAGGAGCUGAGCUGGGAGUAUGUAAAGGUCCUUGAACAGGUCAUGUCGUUUGGCGAUGACGACGAGUCGACCUCUUCACCAAACUCCAACUGCAUGACUGUGCUGCAGCUCUACAUGCAAGACGCUUUGAACGCUUUGUUUGUCAAAAAAUUUGUCGACGUGAGAAACAAAAAUGAAGGAGACGCAAUAUCGACUAAAAUUGUUGAUCAGAUGAAAGAAAGCUUAGACAAAGCCACGUGGCUGACACCGGAAGACAAACAGGCAUCUAAAACGAAAAUUGAGAACAGCCUAUACAAGAUAGGGUUUAGCAAUCUGCUUCUGAAUACGACCUACAUUGAAUCGAUUUAUGGCAAGGUCAACAUCACCAGUAACCGUUACUUUGAAAACGUGAUCAGUCUUCACGCAAUAACCAGGAAAUCAAUGAGUGACCAGCUGAAGUUCCCAGGUGACCGAUCUCUUUGGUUCUACAGCGUCUAUUUCCCAGUAGUUGAGUACUACAACCCCUGGAGUGAGCUUAUGGCUACAGCGGCUGUAUUGCAGAGUCCUCUGUUUGACCAUAAAGGCCCUGUAUACUAUAACUUUGGAUCCCUUGGCACUAUGCUUGCCUCAGAGCUGGUCAACGCAAUUAACGAAUAUGGUAACCAGUACAAACUGGACGGUAGCCACUACGGGAGCUGGUGGUCAAACGAAACCACACAGCGAUACAACCAAAUCAAGGACUGCGCUGAUGAAGCCCAAAGGAAUGAGAUUUUAGGCCCAUUUAACUUAGGAAAUAUCAGCCCUACGGUCAACAUAAGCAGAUAUUCAAAGUAUUAUGCUACCAUACUAUUGUCACGAGCUGCUGGUCUGAGGUUAUCUUAUUUGGCUUACAAGAAAUACGAGAGCCUAGUGGGCAAGGAGAAGAUGCCUGCUGGUAUACACAGAUACACCGCUGAUCAGAUGUUCUUUGUGGCUCACGCCCAGGCCAACUGUGAGGACAAGCCAGAUCUAUUAAAGUAUAUACAUCUGCUGCGCGGACAGUACCCCAGUAAAAAUAGUGUCAACCUGGAGUUAUCACAGCUUCCGGAAUUUAGAAGAGCCUUUAACUGCCAGUUAGGACAACGCAUGUUUGUUGAAAAAACUUGCUCACUCUUGUAAACCAGUUUCAAGUUUAAUGACAGGACAUCAUGAGGAUAAAGGGUAUCAAGGCAUUAGUAUCGAGCCCCUAUGCACUGAGAGGACAUGUAAACAAUGACAGAAUAGACAAACAAUGGCAGGACAGACAAACCAUGAAAAGGACAAUCAAAAGGACAUCAAAACAUUAACAGAAGAGCCAAAACACCAAAAUAUGACUAAAACUAAAAAAAUGUGUAAAAUGUUUUGAAAUAAACAAUUUGAAAAAGGGAAGAUACAAAUACAAACACUCGACUCAUUGCUGAAUUCUUCAAUUACUUCCUAUUUGUUUUCUUUUGCAAAGAUUUAAAUUAAUUUCGAGUUUCAUACAUAACACAUUUGUAAAAGCAUCUGAUACUGACGGGGGAUAUCUAAUUUGAUUAAGAAAUACGAAUGGCCCUUUGACUCUUUUAAGUCUAUAUUUUUUUAAAAAUCCAGUGCCUGUACUUUGUAGAUCUAGACCAGUUUUUUAAUAAUCCCAUGACCAUUUAAGUCUUUGGAAUUGCGUGUUUACAUGUGUUUGUGUGUGUGUGUGUGUGUGUGUGUGUGUGUGAACAGGGCCGGAUUUACUACAGUGUAGAUAUUGCAGCUUCUAAGGCUCUCACUCUCUAAGAAAGGGGUGAGGGUCAAACUUUAAAAAAAACUUAGAAAAUGUGCAAAUUAUAUUUUUUUAAAAAGGAAGGGAAACUGAUUAAAUGUAUUACUCAAACGAUUUUCAUUCCAUCUCUGCCUGUGGUCUCCUCUGGGGCAUGGGGCCACCGAUCAGCUUUCUCCAGACGUCUAGGGUUCUGGGCGAGUCUCUCCAAUUGCUUGUCUGCUUGACAUCUGCUUCACAAUCUCAGCACUAUGUGUUUCUGCUACGUUCCUUCAUAAUGUGCAAUUACCCUUGCAUUAAUUAAGUUCUUUUUCAUCAGGCUGGGGGCCUCCAUAACAUGCCUCCCCUGCGCCUCCACUGACUUGAAUUCGCCCCUGUGCCUCUAUUGACUUGAAUCCUCCCCAGAGCCUCCACUGACCCCCACCCCUGUGCCUCCACUGACAUGAUUCUGCCCCUGUGCUUCCACUGACUUGAAUCUGCGCCUGUGCCCCCACUGACUUGAAUCCGCCCCUGUGUGUGUGUUUAUAGAAAAAAUAAAUGUAUUAGCAUAUACGAGUUAUUAAACUUCCAUUCUACUUCGUAUCAAUUUUGACUGAUUCAAGCGAAAAUCUAAAUCUAAAAGCUCUCAAGUCUAAAGCUAAAUUAGCAAAGCACUAAGAUCAUGACACAACUGAUACCAAGACGCCAUCUCCAUACCUUCAUUCAGUCUUCAUUAGAAUCAUGUUCACCAGAAAUACGUUCUUAUUGCACGUGUGUUGAGGUAUUGUUCGUAUUACACAAUUACAUUCACUGUGUCUUUUUUUGUGUGUAAUAUUUUAGCAGAUCAUUUACAGAUUUCUUAGUAAAUAAUGUUUUUGCAUUGAGUUUUUUUUAUUUUUUAGCUUGUUCUUGUAAUUAGUUAGGGUUUAUAUUUAGUGGCCCAUUGCUGUUCAUUUUAUAAAGUAUAUUGUUGUAUCCGUUACUUAUCAGCUGUAGCAACUUUUAGAACUAUUACAAAGCUUAUAUCAACCUACUCUGUCUGUCUUGUUAAAAGUUUGCACACGUUAUUUCUCCCUGACGCAUUCGCCGAUCAAGUUGAAACUUUGCACAAAUAUUCAUUGGCAUAGACAAAAAAUGACACAAUACAAAAAUUAAUCAGUUAGUCAACCACUGGUUAAAUAAUUAAUUUGUUUGAUACCAAAAAGGGAAAUUAAUCCUUCAGUUAUUCACAGACAUGGCUAAAUGUGUGGAGUUUUGUCCCCUUAGAUAAAUAAACUCGCUGUGUACUUAUUCUCAGAUCAAGUUCAAACUGUAAAUAAUUAUUUAUUGUACGUAACAAAACACGACUUAAGAACUUAACAAAUUAGUCCAUUAUUAUUGGUAAUUAAUUAUUGUGUUAGAUAUCGAAACAUUAUUGAUAGAUGUAGCUGUAAGUGCGGAGUUCUUUCCCUUAGAUAAGCUUUGUUUCAUUUUUUUUGUAAGAUUUUAUUUUUCAUAUUUUGUUUCUUAUAAACAUUUUGUAAACAAACAUUUUUUUAUGUUCUAAAAACUCGUCUCCUCUGUAGAGGAUGGAGACGAGUACUGUACUCUAUUGCAUGCUCAUUCUUUUCUAUAUAAAUAUAAAUGUAUUUGUAUAAAUUAUAAAUAAAUCUAUGUAUACGUAUAUAUAUAUAUAUAUACCGUGCUUUUUUGUUGUUGUUGUUGUUGUAAAAACAAUAGCUGCCGGUACUCAGUGAUGGAUCGCCAAACUUUUAACUACUAAAAAUUAAUAAUAAACGUCGUUAAAAUGUAAGAAAAGUAAUUUUUUCCCCAGAUUAGAAAAAGGUGCCGGUACGCCGUACCGGUGUGUACCGUCACAAAAAAGCACUGUAAAUAUAUAUAUAUAUAUAUAUCACCGAUAGCUAGCCAAAUAAAAAAGAACAGAUUACUUUGUUAAUCUUAUAUCCAUAAUGCUACAAUAUUAUUUUAUAUCCAUUACAUUUAUAAUCAGACUUGUUAACGCAUAACUAUGUUGUAGAAUUGUAUAAUAUAUAUUUUGUUUUUAUAAAUAAACUAUGAUAUAUAUAUAUAA